CACCUUUGACGGAUAAAUAUAUUUUGUCAUAUCAAGAAUUUAAAACAACUAUUUCUUUUUGAAUGACACCAAUAUAGAUGUGUAUUUACGCUACAUAAAACAAAGGAUAUUUUCUUUUGAACCAAACGUGAACAAAGAUCUAUUGACGUUAGUGCUGUGAAAAAAGCAUACAUAAAACGUCACUACUGCACGUGUUGAAGGGAAACAAGCUAAUUAAUUUAUACAUGGCGGUUUGUCGAGGAAGACUACUUUACGGACUUGAGUUGUGACUUUUGCAUUAUCUACAUCAAGGUUCAAAGAUGGCAGCCAGCAGACAAGUACUGAAGGGGCGGCUGGAGCGUUUGAAGUAUGACCUUGACAAAAUUCACAAGGAGACCGAAGAUUUGUUACGUCAGUAUCCAUGGCGCAGUGCCACAGACGGCACCAUCCAGACAAAAUAUGAGACCAUGCUCCGGUCAGUUCGCGCCGGCAUGGACAAAAAACUGGGCUCAGCUGACAGGGAACAUCCAUUUGCCAUGCCCGGGACACCAAGACGAGGUCCCGUGGACUCCACCUCAGCCGAGACCGCUUACAAUAUAUACAAGGACCUACAAUCCAAGUGUGAAACUCAAGAGAGAGAAGGUAAAGACGCCAAACAUACCAUUGCCAGACUAACAAGAGAAAACGCCGAUCUUCAACGUCAGCUGGACAAGACAAUCGAUGACGUCAAGAUGAGCACUCAAACACCCCGUAUUCACCCGGAUGUAGUGACGGAGUUGAGAAAGCAGGUGAAUGUACUGAGAGGGGAGAAAGCGGAACUACGCAAACAGUUGAAACAAAUGUAUGCAGAGAAAAACGAGCACAUGAACAGGGUUGUAGCAAAGAACCGUCUUAUUGAAGGAAAUCCCGCUCUCACAGACUCGAGCGACCCGAACAGGCCGACGACUAUCGCCGAACGGCUGACCAAUGUCUACAGUCACGAAUGGAUGGAGGCGUUCGAGAGUCUCAUAAAGAUUCACGAGACUGAGCGAGAGUGCACGGACACUCUUCUUGCCUGGCUAACGUCGUGCUAUGAGAUCUGCCGGAAGAAGGCGGAGGACCAGCGGGAGUGGUGUAAACGCUGUUUGUCCUUAGACAGUAAGCCCCUGUCGACCGCUGUUCCUACAUCAGUAGCUGUGGCUAUUAGAGACUUCCAGAAGAAAACCGCAGUAAAUACACUUCCCCAUGUCAAAGAGAUUUGUUGGUCCCGUCUCGGCGUCCGGACGGAAGAACCAGAAAUUCCUGCUUAUGUGCACAAGUGUGCGGAGCUGUGCUGGUAUAUGGCUAUACAGAACCCACCACUAGAGAUGGAAUGGCUUGUAGAGCGAGGAACGCCGUUCGACACAGAAUUGUUUUCUUCCUACACACUCUCGGGCGAUAAAGUAGACUACGUUACAUGGCCAGUUCUAUAUAUGGGAGCUGGUCUGACGGUUAUGGCAAAAGGGGUCGCUCAAGGCUACGAUAAAGAAAAGUAAUUUUUGAACACUGUGAUGUAAAUUGUGUUAGGUGGUGAAUUAUUCUUGACUUCUAAAUGCCAAAAAGAAGUGGUGGUUAUGCUUUCGAGGAGAUUUUGUAGACAUCGUUUAUGGACUCAGCAUAAUAGUUGAUUAGAAAUGAUGAAAUGUGAUUGGUUGAAAGCUGAAUCCUAAUUGGUUUGUGCCUGUGUUAUUUUAAAGUUAUACUCCGUGCUACUGAUGUGAAACUACAGAAAUAUACCUAUGCAUAUGGUACACGCUUAAAUUAGUUUAAAAUUCAAUGAUUCAAGGUUUAUUCCAUGGACAAUCCACGAUUACAAGUAUUGAAGUUUAAAUGCAUUUAAAAAAUCCAGGACAAAUAAUGAAGGGUUUUGAAAACUUCUAACAUUGUUAAAAGUAAUACAGUAGUAUUGUUUUGGAUAUUUUAUUCUUCAACAUAAUGUCUAGAAAGACGAAAUGUGCAGGAAUAAUGAUACUGGUAUCAUAAGAUAAUGCACAAAGAAAAUGAUCCGGAAGAAUGCGCGUCGUCGGAAAGUCCGUCAGCCGGAUAACCUGAUUUCAAUCAUAUACAUUUUAACAGUUUUACAUUCAUUUUAUGAAGAAAAGAAAUAAUCUAUAUGAAAAAAAUACAUAGGUUGACAAAACAUAAAUUUCCAGAUAUAUCAAAUUAGCUGCUCGAUAUGGUGUGAGGAUAGUUAUCAUAUAUGUAUUUUCAAAAGA